GGUUGGUCUCCACUUACAUCUUUUAAUCUUGAAGACUACAAAAUAUACCUGGAUCUACUACUCUUUGGAAAACUUCUCUACCAAGCAAUAAAUUACCCACUGUGCUCUUGUUAUAGUAUAGAAGCUUUUGCGUUCUCCAGAUCUAAACAAGACUUUCUUCCAUUUUCCCAUGAAGCCACAUUGUUGGUUGUUUACUUUAGUGGUUUGUGUUAUUGUGCCAGCUGCUUUUGUUUUGGAAGAUGUGGACUUCCACCAAAUGGCUCCACUGGAAGCAAAUCAUAGUUCUCACAAUGAAUCAUUUCCCUCAAGCUUUGAACUUUCAGCAAGUUCCCACUCAGGUGAUGAUGUCAUCAUAGCCAAAGAGGGAACUAGUGUUUCAAUCGAAUGUCUUCUCACAGCCACUGACUAUGAAGAUGUUCAUUGGUACAACUCAAAAAGACAGCAACUGGAUGGCAGAAACGAAGGUGGAAAAUGGUUGGUUUCUGAUAACUUCCUCAACAUCACCAACGUAGCCUUUGAUGAUCGUGGGCUCUAUACAUGUUUCGUCACCUCUCCAAUCCAUGGCUCCUACUCUGUCACCCUGCGUGUUAUCUUCACCUCGGGAGACAUGAGUGUCUACUACAUGGUUGUCUGCCUGAUUGCCUUCACAAUCACCCUCAUCCUUAAUGUCACACGGCUGUGCAUGAUGAGCAGCCAUCUCCGCAAGACAGAGAAGGCCAUCAACGAAUUCUUCAGAACCGAAGGGGCCGAGAAACUCCAGAAGGCCUUCGAGAUUGCAAAACGCAUCCCCAUCAUCACCUCAGCCAAAACCCUGGAGCUCGCCAAAGUCACACAGUUCAAGACCAUGGAGUUUGCCCGUUACAUUGAAGAACUGGCAAGAAGCAUUCCUCUCCCGCCCCUUAUUCUAAACUGCCGUGCCUUUGUGGAGGAAAUGUUUGAGGCUGUUCGUGUGGAUGACCCUGAUGACAUGGGAGAAAGAAUUAAAGAGAGACCUGCCUUGAAUGCACAAGAUGGCAUCUAUGUCAUUAACCCAGAGAUAGGGCGGAGUAAUUCACCAGAAGGAGAUUCGGAUGAUGGCUCUCUGAAUGAACAAGGCCAGGAGAUUGCGGUUCAAGUUUCUGUCCACCUUCAGUCAGAGACCAAAAGCAUUGAUACAGAGUCUCAAGAUAGCUGUCAUUUCAACCCACCUGAUGCAUACAGGAUCUGCUAAAUCCAACUCUAACUACAAAGAUGGGGCAUAUGGAAAUACUCAGCUGUAAGCUUUCCCAGUACCUACAAAAAUAGGUCUCACAAAAGGAAACUGUUGCUUAGAGGAAACAUUUUUACCAAAAGAUGACUGAGGAUUUCCCUCAGUUAGUAUUAAGCACAUCAGAACGCAAAUUGCCA